CCUUCCCCGGGUGGCGUGUGGUGACCGGCGCGGAUCGCGGAGGGAGAAGCGGCCGGCAUGAAGUCCCCAAAGUUAAAGAAGGAGAAGUUGGACGACACAGUCGAGCCGGAGCCCGAGAAAACUUACGAGGAGUUGGUGGCGAAUGUAAAUGCGAUUGCGCAGCCGCUGGCAUCGAGGAAGCUGACCAAGAGGCUUUACAAAUGUGUGAAGAAAGCUGCAAAAGUGAAGCAGAUACGCCGAGGAGUGAAGGAAGUUCAGAAAUUCAUCAACAAGGGUGAAAAAGGGAUAGUUGUAUUGGCUGGUGAUACAAUGCCAAUUGAUGUUUACAGCCACCUUCCAGUUUUGUGUGAAGAUAAUAACCUUCCCUAUGCCUACAUUCCUUCCAAAGUGGAUUUGGGAGCUGCUGCAGGAACCAAGCGGCCAACGUGUGCAAUAUUGAUCAAACUUCACGAAGAGUAUAAGGAUUCCUACACUGAGUGCUUAGAUGAGGUGCAAUCACUGAACCAUCCUGUAUGAAGAAAUGUUUCAACAAGAUUACAGCCCUUCUCAACCAAUUGCAUUGGCAUUGAAUACAUUGCUAUAAACAGUACACCAGAAGAAUUUGUAAAAUUGCAUUUUUUUCUUUUUGUUUACUCCAGUUUUUGAAUUAUUCUGAUUUAAAAGAAAUGUGCAGCAAAUAAAUUGAUGUAUUUUUAUUUUAUUGAUUUCCUACCUCUAUUUAAUUUGAGAUAAUAUCAAUCCAACUCAAAAAUCCAGGGGUCAUUUUUGGGUUAGGUGUACAUUCAGUGGAUGAGAUUGCACUGCUCUCCUAAUCAUAUUAGCAACUACAAUUAAUUUUAAUGAUCAGGUCUCUACACUAAUUUUGACAAGUUAACAAGGCAGAGAUCUAGUAGCUCUUCUGUAGAAUCAAACCAGAAGUAUUCAUUUAAAGGAGUUGUGUUGAUGUAAGUAGGAACCCUGGUUCAACCAUAAGAGGAUUCAUGUUAUAGCUGGCUUGUUCCUCUAAAAAGUGUGGCAUUGUUUUCUUUGCCAUUUUCAGAGCAAGUCCCAUAUUUUUAGUACCACCACAUUUUAGUACCAAUGUGAACACAUUGCAUUAAAGCUCUCACUUUGCACUGAUCCCUGUUUCUUGUUGGAAUGGCACCAGAACUUCAUGACUAAAUCGAUGUCAAUGGCUAUUUAUCUUGGGUAUGAAGUUUGUAAAAGUCUUUAAUAAAGGAAACUGAUUAACA